AUGCCGAAGGGUUUUCUUACCGCCUUGAUUGAAAAAGGAGCCGACAUUAAAGUCCAGAAUAGAAACGAAUGUCUACAAAACCUUUAUUCUUCCGCACUGCACCAGGCGGUAUCUAUAAACAACCUGAAGGCUGUUAGAGUGCUCACAGGAAGUUUGGACCACGAGGCUCUUAAUAUGCAAAACGCAUACGGACAGACUGCACUGCACAUAGCCGCCCAAAAGCGGUAUACUCCACAGGAGGAACCCGAAAUGCAAAUGUGUAUAGAUUUGCUCUUGGGAAAGACGUAUGAGAACGUGGAUAAAGAGACUUUGCAGCCCAGUCCAGAGCCAUGGAAUGAACAGGCGCAGAGACCCCACGUCGAGAUAGAUACGCAAGACGAGUGCACCGGAAGCACAGCGCUGCACGACGCCGCGUUCUACGCAAACAACUCGACUGUGCUGGCUUUACUCGACGGUGGAGCUGACAUAAUGUUAAAU